AUGGGUGAUCAACGUCGAAAUCUUUUAAUGAGACGCGAUGCAAUGGCAUCAAUCGACAGGGAUCUUUUGGCGCAAGCACUACAACGCCCAACGGCUCAAAUUGCACCAUUAUCCUCCCGAAACAUCAUCCCCACACCCAUUCAUGUCAAUGAGCCGACACCGCCGCCAGUUGAUCCAAUACCAGGAACGCGUUUUCCGGUUCCUGAAGUUGUUGAACGACCAAAAACACCAAGACCAUCACCAAGGGUAUCGCCAAGACUUUCGCCAAGAACAUCGCCAAGAAGAAAAGCUGAAGAAUCGAUUGAUGAAUUGAGAGGAGUUGCAAAAGUUCCAACGAUUGUUGUUGCGAAUGAAAAAGUGGAAGUUCAGCAGAAAAUCGAAGAAAUACCGCCGGUUUUCAGUAAUCCACAUAGUUCGCAUGUUGCUGUUUCAAAUCAGCAGCAAACUAUUCAGAAUCCCGUGAAUAUUUGGACAAAUCCCAAUGUUACACAGUUUCCAAGUUUCGCUGCUCCAAUCGGUUUGAUUUUUUGAUAUUAAUCCAAUUUUGCUCACAAUUUUGUGCCUUAACUUGCAUGAAACAUUACAUUAUUAAAAAUCUCCCCAUUUCCGAUCUUCUAAAAAAUUCUCAAUUCAAUUUUUUUCAGCAACAUUCGGCUCAACCACAACAACAACACCUGGAACUUCAUUAUUCUCAAGUGCAAAGCCAACCCUUGGAGGUGGAGGAGGUCUUUUUGGAAGUUCAACAACUACUUCAACCCAACAACAACAGCAACAAGCACAAGUAAAUACACAACAACAAGUUAUUCAAAGUUAUCAUCCAUUUGUUCGAGCAUGUGGAAAUCCGCAACUUAUGGGAACUGAUGAUGAUAAAGUUAUUGCUCAUUUGAAUCAAGUUGCUGCUGCUUUAGGAAUUGGAAAAGCACCAUAUAAAGAUGGAAAUCAGGUGCAAACUCAUAGUAUGGAAGGAAACUUCUUUGAGAAAUUUGUGGUUAGUUUAUUUUAUUUUUCUUUCUAGAGUUUUUUGGAAAAAACUCCAAUUUUUCCAGGGAAUCGGCUAUAAUAAAAUUUCCGACCGAACAGAUGAUGAAGGAGUUGUUUCACUUGUUUUGAAUGUUCCAAUCCAAGAAAUCGCCUCAGAUGAGAGAAAAUUGAAAGUUCUUGAAGCAAUCACAAAUAUUCUUGGAAAUCAACAAAAUUUGAGAGUUGAAUAUGCUCCAGGAACCACUCAAUUUAGACCAAUCUCUGAAAACGCCACUGAAAUUUCAAUAAUUGUGAAAGAAGGUGGAUUUGUUGUUGGAGCGUGUAAAUUGGCGCAAGUUUUGAAUGAUACAAAUCGAUUGGCACAACUCGAAACACAAUUGAAAGUUGAUCGAAAUCGAGUGCUGCCAAAAGUUGGAUUAUCGAAAGCGCAAAAGGAGAGAUAUUUGGAGACUGUUCCAAAUGGAAUUGAUGAAAGAAUAUGGAGACAAGCGAUUGCUGAAAAUCCAGCACCAAAUCGAAUGUUGCCAGUUGUUGUAAGAGGAUGGGAAGCAUUGAGAGAUCGACAGAAAUCACAAAUUGCUGAAAGAAAGGUUUAUCAAGAAGCGCUGGAAUCUUUGGGUGAAAGAGUUGAAAAAGUUGAGGUUCGUAGCUUUCGGGCAAAAUUUGGGAUCUCUAGAAUUUAUUAAUUCAAAUGGUUUUUUUUCUCAAAUUGGGUUUCUAAUUGUUAAACAGAAGUUAUCAAAAAAAUUUGGAGAAUUGUUAUUCAUCUUUUGACGCCCAACUUUCCACGUCAUCAGAUAAUCCAAAAAAUUCAAGAAAAUUUUUCGUUAUUCUCAGAUUUACUCCUAAUUUUUUUUCUAAUUAGAAUUUCAAAAUUUAAAAAUGUGAUAAAGUUUAUAAGAGAAGCAAAAUUCCAAUAUUUCCAGAAUGAGCAUGCACGAGCUCAAGUCGAAAUUGAAGCGAUUCGUUGUCGUCACAAACAACUAUCAUAUCGACUUUUGCGUAUUUUAUUGGCUCAAUGGAUCACUCAAAGAUAUUCGAAACAAGUUGAUACAGAUGAAGAUCGAAUUGAAGCACAAACUGAUACUCUUUUGGCCAAAUUGAAUCGACAUAAUCAAUUGAAGGAUUGGAUUCGUAACUUCUACGAAACCCUCGAAAACCAUGGCGACAAAUUGCGUGCUGGAGCUGAAAAGGCGUAUGAUAUGUCACAAGAAGAUCAACAUUAUGCGCGAAAAUUUUUGACCGAAAUUUUGUAUAUUGGCGAACGAUUGGUGGAAACAAAUCAAUUACAAAUGGAAGAUUUGGAAGCAAUUCGGCGAACUCUGGAAGGCGAAUAA